AGAGAACACCUACGAGAACUUUAAUUAUUGAGCCUGGACUUUACCUUUUAACCUCAGGCAGAACCACAGUCCCAGAGUGACCAAAACCAAAUCCAUCUCCAAUUAUCUUCUCCAACUGGAAGUCAAUUGGCCGACGGAAGCCUACGAGGACUGUCCACCGUAUUUGGCAUUUGCCAAUUGUGUACAAACAUAUUAGCUCUUGCUCUAGACUGAGAAGCAAAAUUGUCUUCAAGAGCACUACAAACGUCACAAACAAUCGGAAAGUCCGAAGUCUCCCCUUCAAAUUGAGGGGGCGUGUGGAAGAUCAAUGAAAUGGCAAAGAGAGAAGGAGAAGCGGUGUGCGUCACCGGAGGGAGCGGCUACAUCGGUUCAUGGCUGGUUCGUCUCCUUCUCGAACGUGGAUACACCGUCCAUGCCACUGUCAAAGAUCUCAAGGAUGAGAAAGAAACAAAACAUUUGGAAGAUUUUGAAGGCGCAAAAUCUCGUCUCCAGCUUUUCCAAAUGGAUCUUCUUAACUACGAUUCCAUUGUCACCGCCAUCACUGGCACAACUGGUGUCUUCCACCUCGCUUCUCCCUGCAUUGUUGAUGAAGUCCGAGAUCCUGAGAAUGAGCUAUUGGCACCAGCAAUUAAAGGCACAAUUAAUGUACUCACGGCAGCAAACGAACUAGGCGUUAGGCGUGCGGUGGUGACCUCAUCCACAUCUGCCAUCGUCCCAAGCCCUAAUUGGCCAGCUGAUAUUGUCAAGAAUGAGGAGUGCUGGACGGAUGAGGAAUAUUGCAAGCAGAAGGGGGUGCAGUUGACUACUGAUUAUUUCUGCAUAUACAUUAACCCAAUACAAAGAAGGAUAUACACAGAGAAAAGGAAAAGAAGGAAAAUAUUUCAUGCAGCCAACUUCAGUUGA